AUCACGUAGAGCGAGGCCACUUCAAAAGUUCCCUCGGAGCUCUGCAGGAGCGCCUCGCCGCUGUUCACUCCUUCCUUCCUUCCUUCCGUCCUUCCUUCCUUUCUCCCUUUCUUGCUGGGGCAGAGUUGAAACGGUCGGACAGACAGCGCCAUGCAUCCGAUGGGGGCCGUCACGGCGGGCCUCGCGGUGUUGGGGCUCUUUUUGGUCUGGAAGGGUUCCUGGAAGUUCCUGCAUGUCGCUUUACGCACCAUCAAAAGAGACUUAAUGUGCCUGGCUGUUAUCCUUCGGGUGAGGUUUUCCAUGAGCCGCAAUCUGAGAAAUAGAAGCACCAUCCCUGGCCUGUUUGCCCAGGUGGUGACACGGCACCCAGACAAACCUGCCUUGAUCUAUGAGCCCACAGGAGAGAUCUGGACUUUCAGGGUGCUGCGAGAGCGGUGCCAUGCCGUGGCUCACUGGGCGCUGGCACAGGGGUGGGCUGAGGGAGACGUGGUGGCCCUGUACAUGGAGAGCCGGCCUUUAGUGGUGGCCCUCUGGUUGGGUCUGGCUGUGGUCGGCGUGGAGGCUGCCCUCAUAAACCACAACCUGCGGCUGCAUUCUCUGCUGCACUGCGUCAGCGUGUCCCGUCCUCGGGCCCUGGUGUUCGGGGCAGAGAUGGCAGAAGCGGUGUCGGAGGUGAGCGACUCCCUGCAGCCCCGCGUGGUUCUGUUCUGCACCGGCGAGCGGGACGCUGAGGUGAAGCCCUGCAGCCGCCAGGUCCAGAAGCUGGACGCCCUGCUGGAGCGCUCGCCCAGACACCCGCCGCGAUACGCGCUCAGGAAGGACUUCAAUGACAGACUUUUCUACAUCUACACUUCUGGUACAACGGGGAUGCCGAAGGCCGCUGUGGUGGUGCACAGUCGGUAUUAUCGCAUCGCUGCCUUUGGUUUCCACUCCUUUGGUCUGUGCCACGAUGACGUCCUCUACGACUGUCUUCCGCUGUAUCAUUCGUCAGGUACCAUCAUGGGUGUCGGCCAGUGUUUGCUCUUCGGUUUGACUGUUGUGGUCAGGAGGAAGUUCUCAGCCAGUCGCUUCUGGGACGACUGUGUCAGGCACAACUGCACUGUAAUUCAAUACAUAGGGGAGAUUUGUCGCUACCUGUUGGCCCAGCCGGUCCGUCCGUCCGAGGCCCGUCACCGGGUGCGUGUCGCCGUUGGCAACGGCCUCCGUCCUUCUGUGUGGCAAGACUUUGUCCAGAGAUUCAAAAUUCCUCGAAUUGGGGAAUUUUAUGGCGCCACAGAGUGCAACUGCAGCCUGCUCAACAUAGACGGAAAGGUGGGGGCCUGUGGGUUCAACAGCCGCAUCCUGCCCGGCUUUUACCCCAUCAGACUGUUCAGGGUGCGGGAGAGCGGUGAGCUGCUCAGGGAUUCACGAAGCCUCUGUAUACCCUGUCGGCCUGGCGAGCCGGGCAUGUUGCUGGGACGCAUCGACCACACCGAUCCACUCAGGAGAUUUGACGGCUACGCCGAUGAGGAUUCCACCAAUAAGAAAAUAGCGCACAAUGUCUUCAAGGUGGGGGACUCUGCGUAUGUCUCAGGUGACAUACUGGUGAUGGAUGAAUGCGGCUACAUCUAUUUCCGGGACCGUAGCGGCGACACGUUCCGUUGGCGGGGGGAAAACGUUUCCACGGCGGAGGUGGAGGGAGUCCUGAGCCGCCUGCUGGGACACGCCGUCGUAGCCGUCUACGGAGCCUCUGUGCCAGGUGUGGAGGGGAAGGCCGGGAUGGCGGCGAUAGCUCACGGCGGCGGCCAGUUCGACCUGGACGCGCUGAGGAUGGCCGCGCAGGAAGCCCUGCCUUCCUACGCGCGCCCGGUCUUCCUGCGCCUCGUGCCAUCUGUUGACACUACAGGCACCUUUAAAAUCCAGAAGUCUCGGCUGCGGAGGGAAGGAUUCAAGCCGCGAGACUCGAGUGACAAGAUUUACUUUCUGAACCGCGUUGCCGGGGGCUACGAGCCGGUCACCGACCAACUCUAUGAAGCCAUCAUGGAGGGGAGGGUUAGUCUGUGAGAGACGGGGGGGGCACACGCCUCUAGAUGCUGAUGCUGGUGCAAAUGUAAUUGUGGCACUUUUUUAUAAGCUGAUUUAUGUGACGGGUUUUACAGAGAAACAACAAACAACAGAACCGGAUAAAUGGAAUUCAAACAUAGCUUUCAAUUUGAUGUAAAACUGGUGCUAUUGGCAAUUUUGAGGGAUUGAAAGACAACACAUGAAUAUUUUCACCGUUAAAAAAUCCAUUUUGCAAGGAUUUAAAAGAAAAACCCAUAAAAUGUAGCAAUGUUAGCUCUUAAUGUUAACAUUUGAUCAUGCUAACGUGUGACUGUUUAGCAGGUAAAGUCUGUCUUAGCUUAGUGUGCUAGAAUGUUACGUUGGCUGAUAUUACUAAUCACUAAGUACAGCUGAGGGGAACAUUAUGUUAAUUUGUUUUUCUGGCAUUGAGACACAAAGUACUGUACAAAAAUGUUUCCUCAAUCCGUCACGAUUCAAGAUACGACUAACUGAAUUAUUGAAAGCAACAUUAAAGCUUGUACCAAAUGUCAAAGUAAUCUAAUCCAAUGGUUGAGACAUUCCACUCAAAACUACAGAUGUUAACCUCAAUGAUCAUCAGGAUUAAUCCUCUUAGUACAAUCCAUGUAAUAAUGUUGAGAUCUUUCAGGCUUGUCCAAAGGACUGGACCAACAUUGCCAUUUUUAUAGCCACGCUAUUACUAACUCGCCUGUGUGAAGGUUGUUGUUUGACCCGCAUGUGAUGAUCCACAUGAUCCACGUGUGUGUGUGUGUGUGUGUGUGACUGUUGACGAGUUCUGUUCAGUGAAACACGGUCACACAGAACCUGGACUUGAUAGCUGAUUCGUUGUCUGUUGUCUUUUCCUUUCUGGCGGGUUUCGUCCUAACGAGCCGGUCCUUCUAGGUGCAUCUCUGAGGUUUGGCUUUCUUCUCUUUUCGCCGUGUUUUUGUGUUCAGCCAUACGUCCACACUGUGACAUGUUCCAGUUCUUUUGCUUUGGUGCAGCAUUACACAUACAAAUAAUACAGUAAAGCCUCCAGACUAUGACAAGUCUAUAAGUAUAGAAACACCUUCGCAGUAGAAGAGAAAGUGAGUGGUUUUUAGCUCUAAAUAGGCAACCCCGUCUCCUCCAAAGAAUUGCACCCUCUCUUCCAGAGAUUUGAUCAGCUGAUCACAUAGUUCUGUCUACGUGUUCUUCUGCAUCUCUCUUCUUCUCCUCCUCAUGCUCCUCCCGGAGCGCCAAAAGCCUGGCUGCUUCUUCCUCUUUCAAAAACUCGUGAAGACUGCCACAUUCUUUUUUUCCAAACAAACUUGUCAUAAAAUCAGCAGCACACAUGAAGGCCUUUGGCUGUAUGUUUGUGUCGCAGCUCAACCUGCCGAUCUCCUCAGGUCUCAUUGACAAUGGUGUAGUGAUGUCCUGAGCUCCUCCUGGUGGCCAAAAGGUCAUUCACUUGGAAAAUGCGCUCCAUUAAUAGAGGUGUUUCAUAUUUUAGAGAAAGAAGAUGUAUACUGAUAUACUUUAUUGUUAAAAGCUACACUACCAUAAUUCAUACAUAUUAGUACACCACUCAUAAAAAUCCUCCAUUGACAUGAUAACAGAACACAAUUGAAGGUCAAUAAAAUAAUGCUCUUAAAUAAUCGUACACUUUAUGUCCCUGCUGUUUUUUUCUUGCAUAUUGGUAUUUGUAAAAACAUAAUAAAUUGAAUUGUCUGCUGUAGUAAAAACAUCUUGAAUCUAA